CAUGAAUCAAAUCCAUUGAGUACUCCACCAAACGAAAGAACCAAACAAUGAUGAUCACUUUCUUGUUCUAUUAUUUCCUUCUUUUUCUUGCUUUCUUCUUCUCUCUCAACCUCUUCGUUCAAAAUAAGAAGUUCAAAAACAUCCCACCUGGUCCACCUUCUCUUCCCAUUAUUGGCAACCUACACCAACUGAAAAAACCACUUCAUCACGCCUUUCACCGGAUUUCUCAACGCUAUGGCCAAAUCAUUUCUCUAUGGUUUGGCUCUCGUCUGGUGGUGGUUGUGUCGUCGCCUUCUGCAGUCCAAGAAUGCUUCAGCAAAAAUGACAUCGUCCUGGCAAACCGGCCCCGCUUUCUCGUCGGUGAGUACAUUUCCUACAACUGCACCACCUUAGUGUUCUCUCCCUAUGGCGACCACUGGCGCAACCUCCGCCGCAUCACGGCAGUUGAGGUGCUGUCCAACCACCGUCUCAACAAAUUCCUGGAAAUGCGAAGAGACGAGAUGAAGCGCCUGGUGCAAAAGCUUGCUCAAGACUCAAGUGACGAGUUUGUGAAAAUGGAAAUGAAGCCAAGGUUUUCAGAGAUGACGUUCAACACUAUGAUGAGAAUGAUUUCAGGUAAGAGGUACUGGGGAGAUGACCAUGAAGUUGGGGACGUGGAAGAGGCAAGAAAGUUCAGAGAGAUGAUAAAGGAGUUGGUGACAUUUGGAGGGGCAAAUAACCCCGCAGACUUCUUGCCCAUAUUGAGGUGGUUUGAUUAUGAUCACUUGGAGAGCAGGCUCAAGGGUUUCGCCAAGAGAAGUGAUGGAUUCUUGCAAGGACUCAUUGACGAGCAUCGAAAUGCAAAGGAGAAAGCAAAUACUAUGAUAGAUCAUCUUUUGAGUCUCCAAGAAUCGCAGCCUGAGUACUACACGGAUCAAAUUAUCAAGGGCCUCGCUUUGGUUAUGCUUCUUGCUGGAACGGAUACAUCAGCUACGACGUUAGAAUGGGCAAUGACUUGUUUACUAAACAAUCCUCAUGUGUUGGAAAAGGCAAAGAAAGAAAUAGACACCCAAAUUGGGAAUGAACGAUUAAUAGAUGAGCCAGACAUGUCAAAACUACCAUACCUGCAAAACAUUAUCUCUGAAACACUUCGAUUGCAUCCUGCUGCACCAUUGUUGGUUCCACAUGAGGCUUCAAAUGACUGCACAAUCGCAGGAUACAAUGUUCCACGAGGCACUAUGGUAUUAAUCAAUGCUUGGGCAAUCCAUAGAGAUCCCCAGCUGUGGAGCGAUCCUACAGGUUUUAUGCCGGAGAGGUUUGAGAAAGAAGGAGAAGCAAACAAGUUAAUUCCAUUUGGGUUGGGAAGACGAGCAUGUCCUGGAUCAGGUUUAGCUCAACGAACUGUGGGACUGACUUUGGGAUUAUUGAUUCAAUGCUUUGAAUGGAAACGAGUAAGUGAGGAAGAAAUUGAUGAGACAGAAGGAGCAGGGGUCACCAUGCCAAAAGUUAUUCCUUUGGAGGCCAUGUGUAAAGCACGCCAUCCAAUCAUCAACAAGCUUUCUGCUUAAGAAACUCUUGUCGAGGAUAUGUAGCUAAAUUAAUAAGGGAUGGCAUGUGUAUGUGGAAAUUCCAUGGUUUAGAAAGUGCCUUUUAAGUAUUCGGUACAGUCUACUUGUAUGA